GGGCAAGAUCAGCGCCUCGAGAGUCCAAAGUAAGCAUUUUUCAUCCUGUCGUCAUUUGCCGCCACUUUGCUUUGUCGACACUUUUAAAACAACGAGUUUUGCGGGAGAGUGAGAGAGGAUUUAUUGAUCUAUCAAGUGAUUGUUGAAUAUUCAUCGAUCUGCUCUGCUUGAUUUGGUUUACUUGAUUAGCCGCGCCUCUAUCACCGAUACCGAUGCUGAUUUAAGAAUCAUCAGCUGUCUACGGAUCAUUCGCAUCAACACCUCUAUAUUCUUUUACCAGAGCCGAUACACGCAACCAUCGUAUAUUGUUUCGAUCUCUGGGUUAUUUCUUAUUCCGUUUUGUAUAUUUGCAUACCCUCGCAUCUUUACGUUUCUCGCCACUCCAUUUGAUUUAAGACCACGCCAUGCGGAUCAUCCUUUUACCGUUGACCACGACGACGCGUAUGGUCAUCGCGCAGCGCACCGGAUACACAGCAGUCAUCGCGGCGAACCCGAGACGUAUAGACGACAAGCUGACGCUACGGGCGCACAAGAUGUGGGCGGAUUGGGAGAGCUCGUCGACGUGGUGGAAAAAACAGGUGACGAAAUGGGGAAACAAGGCGAUGGACAAUAUCUCGUACGAGGAGUGGUCGCUGAAGGGAAUCCCGCGCGCGCCACCGGGCCUGCUGAUGCAGAGCCCGAAGAAGUGGUGGGAAGUUUGGCGGUCGUCAGGUGAAAAUGCAACGCCAGAGGAGAUAGAAGGGCUUGUGAGCGGGAAGGUCGCGUUGGUGUUCCCACCCCGUCACAUCAACGCAGACGAAGUAGCGCCGAUCUUGCGCAAGUUUGCUGUUUCGAAGCAGCCGUAUCAUCUGAAGAUGAUGCUUAUAUAUGGUGCGGUGUCGCCGCUUACUUUGCCGGUCGCGCUGCUUCCAGUUAUUCCCAAUAUUCCAGGAUUCUACUGUUUGUAUCGGAUGUGGUCGCAUUGGAAAGCAUACGAGGGAGCAAAGGUUUUGGAUCGUAUCGUAUCUGAGGACAAAUAUAUACUCGAACCGAGCUACACUCUGGAAUCAGCGUUGAAACCCGCACCCGGCCCCGAAGAUGCACCUCUGCGAGCCACAUCGACCGGCGAAGAGACGCUGCUGGACAGCUCUCAGGUGAAGGCGGUUUCAGAAGCGUUGGACGCGCCUGAGCUUGAAGGAGAGCUGAAUCGGGCGAUUGUGCAGACGCGCGAGCGCAUAACGAAGGAAAACAAUGAGGCGGCCAAGAUUACACCGCCAGAGAAAUGAGGAUGUGAUGUUGAGCGCAUGAGAUGUUGAGAGUGUGAGGAUGGCAUGCCAAGGGCGCGUUCUUUGCAGGUUGUAUAUAAAUUUACGCUAGGUAUAUAAAAACAUCGCGUCUUUCGUUCUGUUACCAAGUUCUUACGGGAAGCGGACAAGACAA